AUGCUCACCGCCCACGACUUCCCCUCCGCCCACGUCGCCGACACCUCGGGCAUCGACAUGAUCCUCGUCGGCGACAGCCUCGCCAUGGUCGCGCUGGGCAUGGACGACACGUCCGAGAUACGGCUGGAGGAGAUGAUCCUGCACUGUCGCAGCGUCGCGCGCGGAGCCAAAGCGAGUUUCUUGGUUGGGGAUCUGCCGAUGGGGAGUUAUGAGGUCUCGCCUGAGCAGGCGCUGGAGAGCGCGAUAAAAGUUGUGAAGGAAGGGCGGAUGCAGGCGGUGAAAUUGGAAGGUGGUGCGGAGAUGGCGCCUGCAAUCCGGAAGAUCACGACGGCGGGGAUUUCGGUGCUGGCACACAUCGGACUGACGCCGCAGAGACAAAACGCGCUCGGUGGGUUUCGAGUGCAGGGGAAGAACACCACGGGCGCAUUGAAGGUGCUGCGAGAUGCUGUUGCUGUGCAAGACGCGGGAGCGUUUGGGGUGGUGCUGGAGGCGGUGCCGGCGGAGGUUGCGGCGUUGGUGACGAGGAAGUUGCGGAUCCCGACGAUUGGGAUUGGAGCCGGGAGUGGGUGUUCUGGGCAGGUGUUGGUGCAGAUGGAUAUGAGUGGGAAUUUCCCGCCGGGGAGGUUUUUGCCGAAGUUUGUGAAGAAGUUUGGGGAUGUGUGGGGAGAGGCGCAGAGGGCCGCCGAGGCGUAUAGGGAUGAGGUGAAGGCGGGGACGUACCCGGCGGUGGAGCAUACUUAUCCUAUGCCGAAGGAGGAGUACGAGGAGUUUGAGCGGCGGGCUGGCCAGAUAUAUCAGUCAGUGCUGCUGUCCUGUCAACAGGCUGCCACCGCUACCCUUGCUGUAUACUUCAGCCAUGGCCGAGAGAGCACGUCCUGCAGCCCUCCGUACCUCGACGGCGGCUCAACAAGCCCUGAAGUCGCACGAGCAGUGCCAUACCGCAAGAAGCCUCAGAACGCACCCGGUGCCAUCUGCUCUCUUACUCCAUACGUCGACCGCUAG